AUGAAUUAUUACAUCAUACGUUUGAUACUUCAAUGGACACCUUUUUACAGGUCUAUGAUCACCGUUUUCCCGCCAAGAAAAAACGGACAGGAAGAUUUUCUUCUAUGGAAUCCUCAGCUGCUUAGUUACGCUGGUUAUCUUCAACCAGAUGGCAGCACGAUCGGAGAUCCAGGUCAUGUCCAGUUCACUCGGGUGUGCCAGAGACUGGGAUGGAAGGGAAAAGGUGGACGGUUUGAUAUUUUGCCCUGGAUACUCUCGGCACCAGAAGAAAAGCCAAAGUUCUACGAUAUUCCAGACGAACUGGUACUGAGAGUCAAUCUAGAACACCCUCGUUUUGAGUGGUUUGCGGAGAUGGGAUUGGAAUGGUAUGCUGUUCCUGCUGUAGCAAACAUGCUAUUUGAUUGUGGGGGGAUGGAGUUUCCUGCUGCUCCUUUCAAUGGGUGGUACAUGGGCACCGAGAUUGGAGCCCGCGAUCUAUGUGACCCUCAACGCUAUAACAUCACUGAGGAAGUAGCCCUGAAGAUGGGACUAGACACAUCAAGUCCGGCAACUCUGUGGAAGGACCAAGCGUUGGUUGAAAUCAAUAUUGCUGUUUUACACAGCUAUCAGGUAACUAUUGUCCUUCUUCAUUAUGUCUAA